AUGGAGGUGACUGAAUAUAUUUUGACAUAUGAUGAUUUAGGUACUUUUAGAGGGGAAGAUAAACAGCUUUAUCGUUCCUGUGACUUACGUGAUUGCAAAUGUCAAUAUCAAAAUACCUCAAAUUUGUCUCCAGACUGUCGAAUUCUUUAUCCUUGCCUUUGUGCAUGUGGAGCUUUUGUGACACCUUCG